CAGCUUUGUCCUCCCCAGCUGUGCUCCCUGCCCGCUGACCCCCACGUGCUUCAAGAAAUUGGGGGGUGGAAAAGCCUGAGAUCUAUAAGAUAAAUGGGAGCGAGAAGGGAAGACCAUCCGGGAGGGGUGUGCGCCCCUCUCCCCACCCCCUUGCCUCGUAGGCUUCCUCCCUGCGGUGUGUCCUUGGGGAUGGGCAAGGGAGGAUCCUAGCCUAAGGCGCGGCUGAGGCACCGACUGAAGCAGAAAGCUUCAGGCUUGCAGUCUCUCUUUCAUGUCUCCCUUCCCUGCCCGGCUUUUGUGUUGGUGCUUCGGAAAUGUGAGGAGGGCGAGCUGGAGGAGGAGGAGGGGGACCUAGGUUGAGGGCACCCCCUGCACGCGCGCGUGCGCGCACGGUGCCGGCGCACGCACACACACGCGGACACACACUCACGGACACGCGCGCGGGCACACACACACACACACACACACACACACACAAAGCUCGCUCGCCUCGAGCGCACUAACGUGGCCGUUUUCUUUGUGUGGAGCCCUCGAGGGGGGUUGGGGCCCCAGUUUGGUCCCGUCCUGGGGAGAUGGCGCAGCCCAUCCUGGGCCACGGGAGCCUGCAACCUGCCUCCACUGCUGGGCUGGCAUCCCUGGAGCUCGACUCGUCCCUGGACCAGUACGUGCAGAUCCGCAUCUUCAAAAUCAUCGUGAUAGGGGACUCCAACGUGGGUAAGACCUGCUUGACCUUCCGCUUCUGCGGAGGGACCUUCCCGGACAAGACCGAAGCCACCAUCGGCGUGGACUUCAGGGAGAAGACGGUGGAAAUCGAGGGCGAGAAGAUCAAGGUUCAAGUGUGGGACACAGCAGGUCAGGAACGCUUCCGCAAAAGCAUGGUCGAGCAUUACUACCGCAAUGUGCAUGCAGUGGUGUUUGUCUAUGACGUCACCAAGAUGACAUCCUUCACCAACCUCAAAAUGUGGAUCCAAGAAUGCAAUGGGCAUGCUGUGCCCCCACUAGUACCGAAAGUGCUUGUGGGCAACAAGUGUGACUUGAGGGAACAGAUCCAGGUGCCCUCCAAUUUAGCCCUGAAAUUUGCCGAUGCCCACAACAUGCUCUUGUUUGAGACAUCGGCCAAGGACCCCAAAGAGAGCCAGAACGUGGAGUCAAUUUUCAUGUGCCUGGCUUGCCGAUUGAAGGCACAGAAAUCACUGCUCUAUCGUGAUGCUGAGAGGCAGCAGGGGAAGGUGCAGAAACUGGAGUUCCCACAUGAGGCUAACAGCAAAACUUCCUGUCCCUGUUGAAACCAAAUAAUGUAAAUACAAGAUCAGUCAUCACUAGUUUUUUCUUUCCCUUUUUUCCGUGUCUGCAUAACGCUGACACCUGCUUGUUCCCAUAGAAAUUGAUAUUAAAAUAAAAUUUGUAUAGAUUA